AUGGCUGGUAAAGGAGAAGGCCCCGCUAUAGGAAUCGACCUUGGAACGACGUACUCGUGCGUCGGCGUGUGGCAGCACGAUCGUGUUGAGAUCAUAGCAAAUGAUCAGGGUAACAGGACCACGCCGUCGUAUGUUGGUUUUACGGACUCCGAGAGGCUCAUCGGCGACGCCGCUAAGAACCAGGUCGCCAUGAAUCCGACCAACACUGUUUUCGAUGCCAAAAGACUGAUUGGCAGGAGGUUUUCCGAUGCAUCUGUUCAGAGUGACAUCAAGCUGUGGCCGUUCAAGGUCAUUCCAGGACCAGCUGACAAGCCCAUGAUUGUCGUCAACUACAAGGGCGAGGACAAACAGUUUGCUGCCGAGGAGAUCUCCUCAAUGGUCCUAAUGAAAAUGCGCGAGAUUGCUGAGGCCUAUCUCGGCUCAUCCAUCAAGAAUGCUGUUGUUACUGUCCCAGCCUACUUCAACGACUCCCAGCGCCAGGCCACAAAAGAUGCCGGUGUCAUUGCUGGUCUCAACGUCAUGCGCAUAAUCAACGAGCCCACAGCAGCUGCAAUUGCCUAUGGUCUCGACAAGAAGGCCACAAGCAUUGGGGAAAAAAACGUUCUGAUUUUCGAUCUCGGUGGUGGCACAUUCGAUGUCUCCCUUUUGACUAUUGAGGAGGGAAUAUUCGAGGUGAAGGCCACAGCUGGUGACACCCAUCUCGGAGGGGAGGAUUUCGAUAACCGGAUGGUCAAUCACUUUGUCCAGGAAUUCAAGAGGAAGCACAAGAAGGACAUAACAGGCAACCCGAGGGCUUUGAGAAGGCUGAGGACAGCUUGUGAACGUGCGAAAAGGACUCUAUCAUCCACUGCCCAAACCACCAUUGAAAUCGACUCUCUUUACGAGGGAGUUGACUUCUACUCCACCAUAACUCGCGCAAGGUUUGAAGAGCUCAACAUGGACCUGUUCAGAAAGUGUAUGGAGCCGGUCGAGAAGUGCUUGAGGGAUGCCAAGAUGGACAAGAGCACGGUUCACGAUGUUGUCCUUGUGGGAGGCUCGACUAGGAUCCCUAAAGUCCAGCAGCUUUUGCAGGACUUUUUCAACGGGAAGGAACUGUGCAAGAGCAUUAACCCUGAUGAAGCUGUUGCCUAUGGCGCUGCUGUCCAGGCUGCUAUUCUUAGUGGUGAGGGUAACGAGAAGGUUCAGGACCUAUUGCUUCUCGAUGUCACCCCUCUUUCCCUCGGUCUUGAAACGGCUGGAGGUGUCAUGACUGUUUUAAUUCCAAGGAACACGACUAUCCCUACCAAAAAAGAGCAAGUCUUUUCAACCUACUCGGACAAUCAGCCUGGAGUUUUGAUACAGGUGUAUGAAGGAGAGCGAACGAGGACCCGGGACAAUAACUUGCUUGGCAAGUUUGAACUUUCUGGGAUCCCACCUGCUCCCCGAGGUGUCCCUCAGAUCACUGUAUGUUUCGAUAUCGACGCAAAUGGCAUUUUGAAUGUGUCAGCUGAGGAUAAGACAACCGGGCAGAAGAACAAGAUCACCAUCACAAAUGAUAAAGGCAGGCUCUCCAAGGAGGAGAUUGAAAAGAUGGUUCAAGAGGCUGAGAAGUACAAGUCUGAAGACGAGGAGCACAAGAAGAAAGUGGAGGCUAAGAAUGCUCUCGAAAACUAUGCCUACAACAUGAGGAACACUGUCAAGGAUGAGAAGAUUGCAUCCAAGUUGUCGGCUGAUGACAAGAAGAGGAUUGAGGAUGCUAUUGAGACAACCAUUCAGUGGCUCGAUGGGAACCAGCUGGCUGAGGCGGAUGAGUUUGAGGACAAGAUGAAGGAGCUUGAGAGCAUUUGCAACCCCAUCAUUGCCAAGAUGUACCAAGGAGCUGGUGGUGAGGCUGCCAUGGAUGAUGAUGGUCCUGCGCCCUCGGGUGGAUCGGGUGCUGGUCCCAAGAUCGAGGAGAUCCAAGUUAUAGCAAGCAUAGGAUGGGGUUGGAUGGAAGAUGGAAAUAAUAGGCAGUCGGGCCCUUUAGUGCUUCAGGCCAUGGGCUGCGUCAGUGAUGGACGAUGGCCCUGUGUGGCUGUGGAUGGUUUUAGUGGCUCUCUACCUCAAUCCACUCUUGGUCUGGGGCCGGCAGUGAGGCCAGUCAGGAUGUGA